CGUAACAUUCGCCCAAUGCGUGCUUCUCUUGUAUUUUUAGACGCUCUCCGUAUCAAAACGACAGUUGUCUCACCAGAGCGACCCUUUUUUCACCCCUUGAUUUUGGACCCAAGCGAAGCAAAGGUCGCUAUUGUGACACCUCCCCAUUUCACAAACCUCGACCAGGUUUCCACAAAACGACGGUCGGCGUUGAUGAUGGCACAGACGGGGCCACCGCCUAUGAAGGCUGGGAGACUCUAUGUCAACCCAGAGGAGGAGGAUCAGAUGGAAAUCUCCGGGUUUAGGCCCCAUACACUGAAAACAGCUGUCGUGUGGUUCUUCAUCAUCAUCACGGUCGGGCUGCUGCGACUCUUCUUCUACUGGCUGCCACAUCUGUUUAUAAAGGCCACCCACUCCAGGUGCUCACUGGCCGAGGCUACAACAGUGUUACUGAAGGACCAGUGGAAGCAAUGGUUCAACUCCACAGUGAAAACGGAAGAGCAGACUGUGCCAUUCAAGAACUCACAGACCGUGCAUCAAUCACAAACCUCCAACGAAUCUGCCAAGCAGAGAGAUGGUCUGAUACGGUACUUUAUUUGUAAGAAAAUCAAGUACAUAUGGGACAAAGAAAUGAAAGAAUUUACCCGACUGAGGGGGUUUGACAAGGACAGGGCUUGUUCGUUCUUCUACCAACAAACAGGCCUUGCGUAUGAUGAGCAAAGAAAGAGGCAAGUUCUAUAUGGUAUCAACUCUAUUCGAGUCCACGUGGCACCGAUUAUCAAGAUAUUGUUCAAAGAGGUGUUGUCCCCCUUCUACGUGUUCCAAGUGUUCAGUGUCUCUGUGUGGUUCGCUGACGAUUACACCAUCUACGCUAGCUGCAUUGUCUUCAUCUCUGGCCUCUCCAUAAUCAUCACCAUCUACCAGACGAGGAAGAUGCAGAGGGCGCUCCGCAGUACCAUCACUUCCUCCACCAUCGUCACCGUGUGUCGUGGCGGGGACGUGUACGAAGACAUAUCGUCAGAUGACCUCGUGCCUGGUGACGUCAUAGAGGUGCCCCGGCACGGCUGCAUGAUGCAGUGUGACGCCGUCCUCGUCAGCGGCAACUGCAUCGUCAAUGAGAGCAUGCUGACAGGCGAGAGUGUGCCCGUGACCAAGACGCCCCUCCCCAACCCCCUGCACGCCUCAAGCCAGGAAGCCAUGUUUGACAUCAAGAAGCACUCCCGACAUAUCCUCUUCUGUGGUACUCACGUCAUCCAGACUCGCUACUACGGCAGCCAUAAAGUCAACGCCGUCGUCCUCAGAAGCGGCUUCCUGACAGCGAAGGGCGAGUUGGUUCGCUCUAUCAUGUUCCCAAAGCCAGUGGACUUCAAGUUCAACAGAGACACCUAUUGGUUCAUCGGUAUCCUUGCCUUCCUCGCAUCACUUGGCUUCAUAUACACAUUAAUAUUGAUGGUGAGGAACGGCGACACUGUGAGCGACAUCAUCAUCCGGACUCUGGAUCUACUGACGAUAACGGUCCCCCCAGCCCUUCCUGCCGCCCUCAGCGUUGGCAUCGUUUUCGCCCAGCAGCGGCUGAAGAAGGCCGGCAUCUUCUGCAUCAGCCCUCGAGGCAUCAACAUCUGCGGCACUAUCAACGUUGUCUGCUUCGACAAGACAGGGACCUUGACGGAGGAUGGGAUGAAAAUGAUGGCCGUGGCACCUUCCCCUAAAGGAGUGUUCGAACACGAAAUCCGUAAUAUGAACAGGUUACACAAUCAGCUGAUCAUCAGUGCCAUGGCAACAUGCCACUCCCUCACCAUUAUAGACGGUCACGUGACUGGGGACCCCCUGGAUCUCAUCAUGUUUGAGGCUGUUGAUUGGGUAUUGGAGGAGCCGGGUGAGGAGGAGACGAGGUUCGACAUGAUUGUGCCGACUAUUGUACAUCCUCGCGUAAGGGGAGGCAAUCAGCCAAUGGGAGAGGACAUCGGUGUGGUGAGACAGUUCACCUUCUCCUCCAGCCUGCAGAGAAUGUCGGUCAUCACACGCAACCUGGGUGCCAACAACUUUGACCUGUUUGUGAAGGGAGCACCCGAGAUGAUCACAAGUCUCUCCAAGGCUGAAACGGUACCAGGGGACUUCCAUGAUGUACUGAUGGCGUACACACAGCAUGGCUACCGGGUCAUCGCUCUGGCCUGGAAGGCCCUGCCACAGAAACUCAACUAUGCCAAACUCCAGAGAAUAACACGGGAGCAGGUGGAGAAGGAUCUCAACUUCCUGGGGCUGCUGGUGAUGGAGAACUGCCUGAAGCCAGAGACCACCCCUGUCAUCCAGACGCUCCGGGAGGCUGCUAUCAGAAACAUCAUGGUCACAGGUAGGUGCAGCCAGAUGAACCCUGUCAUCCAGAUGCUCCGGGAGGCGGCCAUCAGAAACAUCAUGGUCACAGGUGACAACAUGUUGACCGCCCUGAGUGUGGCCCGGGAGUGUUGUAUGGUGGACCGCACAGACCGUAUCGUCCUUGUCCAAGCCUACCCGCCACAGGACGACAACACUAGUCCAGAAAUUGAGUUUGUUUUCGCUGAUGAGAUGGAAAAGAAAUACAGCAAGGAUUCCAUAGCCCUGCAGCUGGACAACGACAGGUUCCAUUUCGCUUUGACAGGGAAGUCCUGGGCUGUCAUCAGACAGCAUUUCCCCGAUCUCAUGUCCAAGAUCGUUGUCAAGGGAACGGUCUUUGCACGCAUGGGCCCAGAACAAAAGGCGCAGUUGGUGGAGAGCUUGCAGGCAUUAGAUUACUUUGUGGGAAUGUGCGGUGACGGGGCUAACGACUGCGGAGCAUUGAAAACAGCCCAUGCCGGCAUCUCUCUGUCGGAGGCUGAGGCUUCCGUGGCCUCCCCUUUCACAUCCAAGAAGCCCACCAUUGAGUGUGUCCCAAAUGUCAUCAGGCAGGGCCGAGCCGCACUGGUGACGUCCUUCGGGAUCUUCAAGUUCAUGGCGUGUUACAGUCUGACACAGUUCAUCUCUGUCCUGCUUCUAUACUGGAUCGGAGCGAAUCUCACAGACACCGAUUUCCUCAUAAUCGACUUGUUCAUCGUCACAACCCUUAGUAUCACAUUCGGUCGCACUGGUCCUUGUGAAGAACUGGUCAAGGAACUCCCGCCAUUCAGUCUGAUAGCUGCUGCACCCAUCAUGUCCAUACUGGCACAGAUUGCGAUACAACUCGCCACACAGGUGUACUGCUUCCUCCAUGUUUUGAGACAACCCUGGUUUGUACCCUACAUCGACAACGAGGACGACAACUACGUCAGCUAUGAGAACUCCGCUGUCUUUCUGGUUUCCUCGUAUCAAUAUAUCACUCUGGCCGUCGCUUUUUCCAAGGGGGCGCCAUUUAGGAAGCCCAUAUUUUCAAACUACUUGUUCCUCAUGAACAUCGCCAUCUGUCUUGUCGGCUGCUUGUGGGUGACGAUCCAGCCCCCACAGGGGCUAGCGGACAUCAUUGAGUUGCUGGUGUUCCCAUCCAUACCCUACGCCAUGGUGCACGUCGGCAUUGCCCUCUUCAACUGCCUGCUUUCUAUCCUGGUUGAGACCUACGUGAUGGACAACACAUCUCUCCAGGGAAGCUGUCGAAACUUCUUAAAACAUUCUCUCCCUUCCGCGCAGACCAAAUACGCUGCCAUUGAAGAAGACAUAGCAGGAAAUCCCUCAUGGCCGCCAGUCAGUCAGUCAGCCGUCAGUCUAGCAGUGGUCUUCCAGAGAUUGGACAGUGCUCACCACGUCCCGAAAGAUCUCAACACUGCUCCCGGGAAAGAGAUUCUGGAGGAUCUCAUCGAAGACUCGGACUCGGAGACGCGGAGUAUCAAAUCUCUCAGCGGGGUGACCCCGGGUCAUACCCAGAAUGCAGCAGCUAGUUACACCCAGCGACAGUUAUCGACAGAGGGUGGGCAUCACAACACGGAGCAGUUUGAAACUCCGCUUCUGUCUGAUGGCGCUGCAAAUUCCAGUGGUGGGAUAGAUAAUCCGGUGGUGACAAGUUUUGAUGACAACGGCAGGUACACCACAUUCUUGUGACCCGUCGUGACCUUGACCCCUGACAUUUACUCACAUGGGCCAUAAUCCUCAUAGUCGAACUUUUUUUUGCAGAAAUACAGAUCUAUAACAAGACGUCACUGACAUAAUUAACUCAUUGAACAAUACUCAGGGCAUUAACGUUGUAGUCAAGUUGUAUGAAUCAAGACCCCAGCACGAGUUGAUCAUUUGCUUCAGACUUUUUCAAUAGACAUAAUCAUAUCGACACUGCUUAUAUAACAGUAUUGGCCAAGGGGACAGUGUGACAUACAUGUGUUGAAAAGUGAUGCCAUUUUUAAAAACAUGACCUGAAAAAAUUUGAUUGAUGUAUGUUUAUUAUAUUUAUGUCAGCUCCAUAUGUCUAUGGCAUGUUGCAAUUGAGCUUUUUUCUAUUGUGCUGAAUUUCCAAACUAUUUCUCUGUAAGCCAUUGUCUAUUUAAGUCUGAUCUGAUCUUUGACAUUUAUUGGUUUACUUCAGUUCUGAGAUGUCAGAAGUGCCCUUAGAAGGGACUGGUGAUUUAUUAUAGGGGAUGAGUGCCCAUAAGACUGGCCAUGUGUUCAGGUCAUGUAUCCGUAUGAUCAUCGUUUCACGAAUGGACCCCUUCAUUCACAUUUAGUAGUAUAUUUAAUUUCGGGCACACAUCAAAGUUCUUUGUGAAAGGGGAAUUUGCUAUUUUAUUGAAUAAUAGAACAUCCUUAUCUAAAAAAUAAAGUAUUGAUUGACAUUUUCAUUUCAGAUAUAUUAUUAUAUAAUUGUAAUUAUAUUCAAACAUAUUCAAGAAGUCAAUCAAGCCUUUUUAAGAGUGUUUAUGCCCUAUAAAUAUUAAAUAUUCAGCGUCACGCAAAAUUGCCGCGAAUUGAGUAUCGAUAUACGUAUCGGAUCGUGUACAAAGUAUCAGGAGAUACAAUUAGGAUGUAUCGUGACAUCCCUUGGCGGACGUAGAAAAUGAACAAAGCUGCAUUGUUAGUUUGAAACAGAAUUAUAUAUAUUUUAUACAUGUCACAUUUAGAUUUAUUUCUUAAUUUAUAUUGACAUUUAUUGACUACUAUAAUUUAUUGUUACUAUAAAAUUAUA